UGCCUCGCGACAGCCGCUAUGGAGGCCGGCAGGACUGCGGUGCUCCGAGUAAAGCGAAAGCGUAAUGCGGAGCCCGCCGAGGCUCUGGUGUUGGCGUGUAAGCGCCUCCGAAGCGAUGAGAUCGAGUCAGUUACUCAGGAGACACCAAAGUGUCUGGACCGAGCGGCGGAGAAUAAUGUCUUUCAGUUGGUGGCCACCGUGCGCUCCCAGGAAGAGCCGAUCCAGCCACUCGUGCGGGCUGCCCUGCGCCCUUACCGAGGCAGCCAGCAGCGUAUUCGCCGAGAUCUUCGCGCCACAGCUGGCGAGAUUAGGAAAGAGGGCCGCUACCGGGUGGUCUCCGGCCGCCGAGCGUCAGGGACCGCCGGCAGCCUGGAGUCUGAAUACACGCCAGGGACUUCAGAAGCUGUCGGGGAUUCAGGCUUCCAGUUGGUGGACCUGGUACAUGAGGAGGGAGACCCAGAGGCCGCCACUAUCGACUCCAGCAAAACUUCUGAUCCAGAUGUGAUCCUCUGCAAUUCUGUAGAGCUGAUCCGUGAGCGGCUGACUCUAUCUGAGGAUGAGCCAGCAGUUGGACACCAGGAGGAACAGAAGCAUGAUGACUACGUCUAUGACAUUUACUGUUUGGAGAUGGCCACUCCAGGGUGGAUUGAGAACAUCCUCUCUGUGCAACCUUAUACCCAAGAAUGGGAACUGGUGAAUGAUGAUGAGCAACCAGAAGACACCUAUGAAGAUGAAGAUGAUGAGAACAGUGAGAAUAACUGGCGCAAUGAAUACCCAGAAGAAGAGAGCAGCAAUGGAGAGGAAGAUUCCAGGGGUUCUGAUGAGUAUGACAGCCUGAGUGAAGAAGAAAGAGGCAGCAGGCAACAGAUCUGGCACAAAUACCCUUUGGAUGUACAGAAGGAGUUCGGCUACGAUAACCUGGAUUCAGACUGAAGGGAUUAUACUAUCCAUGAGGUUCUACCACAGACCCAAGAAGUCUCUGCUUAGGGUUAACUGGCCUGGUCACAUGCUCUUGGUCACAUACCUAGCUGAAGAGAAGGAAGAAAAAAGCAUACCAAGCAGUACCAUCCCAGCCCACCAAAAAGCUAAUAGUGUAAGUCUUCCACUCCUAAUAGAGCCCCUUGGUGUCAAUCAAAAGUGACUAAAAUCUGGCAAAAAACAGUUGUGUAAAAUGUAAAGUUCCUCUCACUUCCAUGAGGCAUUGUUCCUGGCUUUUUAGUUCAAAGGCAAAGCCAAACGGUUUCAGGAGAGGUUUUUAGUUAUAUUAGCUGUAAGAUUCUGCUUUCCCUUACCAGCAGACUGCCUGCCACCAUAAAAGGCUUUAAUAAUGGGCACCUGGGAGAGCUACAGUGGGUCCCUUACAGCAGCAGUCUGGACAAUAACAGCUUUUAGGGCAGGAAGUAGAAUCUGUCUAAGCUGUGAUGUUAACAGCUACCUUGCCUCCUAGCCUCUUACUGUGACAAUGAUGUAAAGAUUCCUGUCAUGUUUUGGCAGUGGUGCCAAGAAAUAGUAUGCAUAAAUGUGUUGCUCUGGGGGGGGGGGGUUGGUUUGUUGUUGUUUUUGUUUUUGUUUUUUUUUUGCAGAACCGGGGAGUAUUGCUCUGUUUAAUAAAACUUUUCAACAUGGAAACAAGCAAUUCCUUCACAAAAACUGUUUUAGACAGGGUCUUGCUAUGUACUUUAGAAGGGGCUUGAACUCAGCCAUGCAUCCUACCCAGUUUGGCCUCCCAACUCAUGCUGAUCCUUCUGCUUCAGCCUCAAAAGUGCUAGGAUGGCAGGCAUAUGCCACUGUGCCUUGCUUAAAACCUUUAAGUCUGAGUCAUAGGUGUUUUCCUACUAUACUUUCACCUCAUGAAAAAGGGGUAGUGUGGCAAAAAUUUCAGAAUUAACCUUAGUGAGGACUUCAGGAAGAAUGCACAUCCUCAACUUCGCUUUCUAUUUAAAACUUUACUAUUCAUAGCACUCACCAAAAUUAAACUAUAGUCAUCCCUUGGUGUCCAUGGGUUAUUGGUUCCAUGAUUUCCUGUGAAUACCAAAAUCCAGAUUCUAAGGUCCUUUGUAUAAGGUGAUGUAUUUUCACAUCAUAACUCUUGCACAUCCUCUAUAUACUGUCAUCUCCAGAUUAUUUAUAAAACCCAACAUAAUACAAAUGAUAUGCAAUUGUUAUAUAUGUAUUGUUUGGGGAAUAAUGGCAAGAAAAAAUAAACCUAUACAUGUGUAGGACAGAUGCAGUUUUUACCCCAAGUAUUUUCUCA